GGCAUCCAAUAACGCCGCUGGUCGCUAUCUUGUUCGUAUGUCACGGUCCAAUCAGACGAGAUUGCUAACUUUGUUCGACCAACCGCAAGUUGGGCAAACUCACUUGGCGGCGGCCAUGGUCAGUCUAUAGGAAUGCCUGUCCAAAUUUUCGCUGUAAAGGUGAGAAUAUCCGCACCAGCUGAGCACUGCUAUUCGAUCAUCGAAUCAUAAAUCCGUGAUACUACUAUGACGAGGACGUUUCAAGCUCUGCCCACUCUUUCUCAAUCAUCCUUUUGGCUAUUUCCACCACCGAAUAGGGCGCUUCGGCAAUAUUUAUCCCGACCUCCUUAUACCGGUCAGUGACCAAAUUGUGGGCCAUGUCAUCCGACACCCCACCGACAGAUCUGUGGCUUGAGCGAUCUCGUCUCGACGGAAUGAUGUUAGGAGCAGUAUCCUACGGCGGAUUCUUUAUCCUUACUGUACAAGCGGCGGCUACUCUCAUGCGACGGCCUCAACAUGGUGGGAAGAUUGCAGAUCAUCGCUUAGCUCUACUUCCCUACGUCUUGAUCACUUUUGUAUUGGGGACAAUAGGCUUCGCUGCGAACGCAAAAUACACCCAGAUGAUCUGGAUAGACCUUCGUGAUACGCCUGGUGGGCCGGUCGCAUUAAUUGAGAAUGAAGUGGCUUACCCUAUCAAUAUUGUGGCGAUUUCCUGUUACUUCGUCAUGGAGUGGUUUAUGCAAGCCCUGCUUCUUCACCGAUGUUGUGUGAUAUGGAAUUGGGCGAGAUACGUGAUAAUCCCGAUGUCCGCUAUCUAUAUCGCCAUGAUUACAAUGUCUAUCCUCGUCUUGAUCCAGUCGAGUGCCGGCGUCAUAUGGUACGAUAUCAAUGUCCAGCUUGCCUACCUCUGCACCGCGGUGGGGCUCAGUGUCAUCUAUACCGUUCUCGUGACGAAUCGCUUGCUCGUCAUGCGAGGUCUGAUGAGGCAGGUCAUGCAAGAACAGGAAUACUCUAGCAUCUACGUUACCAGCAUUCUCAUGGUCGUCGAAUCCGCUAUGCUAUACUCUGUCUGCGCCAUUAUUUUCAUAGUUUCCUUCGCUCUGCAUAGUAAUAUCACCAAUCUAUGUUUCCUGUCUAUUAGUCAUGUCCAGGGCAUUGCCCAGUUACUUAUUAUUAUCCGUGUAGCACGGGGGCAGGCAAUUACAUGCGAGCUGUCAACCCCAGCUGCUGUUGUGUCUACGUAUAUAGCGUUCUCGGGGACUGCAUCGGACGCACCAGAGGAAACCAAUAUUGAGCGAGCAGCUAGGCCUGAGCAGGACGGUGUUCAGUUGCAAUCCCUUGAUGCCAAUGGGACGGAAAUUUGUGUAGCAUAAACAGGGUCGAACUUGAACUUGUGUUGUAGACAUGCAUGUAUGCCGUGCCUGUCCGCGCGUGUGUGUGGGGAACAUGGUUCUACUUUUAUACUGCAUCAAUGAAGGCCGGAGCCGAAAAUGAUUUUGA